AUGGUGAUGGUAACUGCUUACCAUCAAGGAAUAAAGGAGCUAUGGAAGAGGGCUAUGCUCGGAGUUUCUCUGGAGGAUAGGAUCCAUGACGAGGUGGUCCGACGGAGAACUAAAGUUACCAACAGAAUAACUAUAACCCUUGACUCUACGGGCCUCGGCGCGUAUUCACAAAAAGCGCAACAGCAUCGCUAUUACCGUGUAUUACUUUUGUAUGCCAUUCACGACUGUAUCCAUGCGGACGUGCGACAGCAUCCCUACAAAAAGUGGCCGUGGGCGAGAGAUGACACAAUCGACACGCUAGAAUUUGAGCCAUGGGAGUCGCCGAGGCAGCAACUCUUGAGGAUGCUCCGUGGAGGAGUGAAACAUAAUUAUGGCGAGUGUAGUUCGAGUGGUUUGUUGGGUGUCAUACACAAGAAUCGUACCACCACGACAUUUAAUCUGUUUCAAGCAAUGGACUGGACAAAUGGUUUUAGAUAUUAUAAUCAGUGCUUUAAACUUGAAAUGUCGAAUGAGAGAUACCCACAACAAGAGAUUGGACAUAAUACCGAACGCAAAGGUGAUGAUUCUUCAAGAGGUCAACGAACCGAUGCUGACUAUGGCUGUCUCAAAAGCAGCAACCUUGCUAGGAGCAGCCGAUGUAGGAAUAAUCGAGGAUGUGCUAUGGGAACAAGAUUAUCACGGCAGCAUAUGCAUCUCCAUCAUAUAGAUGGUUGGCAGGCCACAACAGUGCGCUUCACACGAUGCUUUCUGCCUCGCACUGCAAAACUGAUAAAUGAUCUGUCGUCGGCGGUAUUUUCGAACCGAUACGACCUUCAAACCUUCAAGAAAAGAGCAAUAUUCUCAGACAUGGCAGAUAUAAUAUUUAUAUCGACGAAGACUCAAAUGUGUGUCCAGCGGUUUGCUACCAGAUCCUUAGUGCCAGUGCUGUGUAUGAAGUCCAGGACACACGCCAGUUUACAGUCUCUGGCCACCAUCAUGGCUAUUAUGGAAGAAUAUGGUACAAUGCAAGGAAUCAACCUAUCCUACGUGGGGCCUCCGCAUCCAGUCCUUAACUCCUAUCUCUUGCUGUGCCCAAUGCUUGGAGCCAAUAUCAAAUUCAAAUGUUGUUGCAAGAAGUGUCCAGUCACCCCUCUCUUGUACGAAACCAGUAAGGCAAUGUGCGCAAGCACAGCGACGGAAGCUCGGCAGUGUUCGGAAACAUCGGAUGCCAUAAGCAACGCCUGCGUCGUAAUAGCAGGUCCAACUACACAGAAGGCGGAAAAACUACCAGAAUUCAUGCUGGGAAUUACAGACAUUAACCAACAAACAUGUUUCCGCUGGAUUUUCUUCCACACCUGUCCAAGAGGGGAGGAAGUCGAUGACUUACUCUUCUGGAAUGACAAUGCUAGGACCUUCACAGCAUUCCAGAAUUUGCACUACAUUGCUGCUGCACUAAUGGCUCAUCAUUGCCGAGAUUAUAAGUUUUAAAGAGGAAAAUUUUAAUUUGUCCAGAUUUUCGAAUAUGGUCCGGCCCGGAUGGCAAGUGAAGUGGCCUUUACAGUUCUGCCUUAUUAGGUAUUUGGACAAGGUUUAACAUUAUAUAUGUGUAUGUGAAAUUAAAAGAGAAUUUAUUGAUUCAUGAUAAUUUUGAUUGAUGAAACUUUUGUGUGAAACCAGUGGCGUAACUAUACCGUUCGUGGCCGUCACCAAUUCAUCUGAUGGGCCCCCUUUCCCAAUAAAAAAAAAACAGAGAAGUUCAGAUGGAAAUCUCUAAACGGGGUCCCUUCCAGCUGGAGGUCCGUGGCAUUUUGCUGACUUGCCACCCUGUAGUGACGCCACUGUGUGAAACAAAAGUUUGGCAAAAUAUUAGUAUUUUCUCAAUUUUCUAUUUGAUGUUUUAUAUACCAAUUGUCAAGGUAUUGUUUUUGUGUUUUUAUAUAAAGUAUAUUAUCCUGUUUCAUACUAUAUUAACAGUGUAGUUAUUCAAUAAAACAUAAGUUAAUUUAA